AUGCGGGACGGGGGCUGCAGGCCGCACUACCUGCGCGAGUUCUGCAUGAGAGAAAGCGCUGCGCGGGCGGCAGCGGCGGUGCCGGUUCGCACGGUGGGCUCCAAGUUCAUGCCCAGCUACAUCCCAGAGGCCUCCGACAAGGUGGACACAGAAGGGAUAAACAAGUUUGAGACGGCGGCGCACGACACGGCGGUGGCGCAGCAGGACGUGACGUAUGGCCUGCACGUCCGGGCGCGGCCGCAGGAGGGCGCCGAGGAGUGGCGGGAGCAGCAGGAGCAGCAGCCGGCGGCGGUGCCUGCCGACCGGGAGGCCGCCAAGCUCAAGGAGGACCUGGAUGGGCUGCCUCCAGAGGCAGACCUGGACGCAUAUGCCGCCAUGCCUGUGGACCAGUUUGGCAUGGCGCUGCUGCGCGGCAUGGGGUGGACCGAGGGCGCGGCGAUAGGGCGCAAUGCCAAGGAGGAGGUGAAGGCCAAGGAACUCGUGCGGCGGCCGCAGCGGCUGGGGCUGGGCGCGGCGCCGGCGCCGGAGCAGGCCAACAAGAAGUUCAUAAAGCCGGGGGAGAGCCGUGACCGGCCCGACCUUGUGUAUGUGGACAGCCAGGGUGUGCAGCGCAGCAGCAAGCCCGUGGAUGAGAAGCUGGUGGAGCGGCGGAGGGAGGGGGUGCACCCUGGGAAGGCGAGGAAUGCGGCGGCGCUGCGUGAUGCGGGUGUGUGCGAUGUGUAUGUGGAUGACAUCAAGGAAAGUGUGCUGGACCUGCACCAGCGCCAGCUGGAGACUGUUGUCCCCUCCACAGAAGGCACCCCGGUGCUGGUGCUGGCCGGCCGGCUGCGCGGCAAGCAGGGCCGCCUGCUCAAGCGCAACACGGAGACGGGCCUGGCGGCGGUGCAGCUGACCGGCGACUUCUCCGUGCACAAGCUGGGCCUGGAUGAUGUGUCAGAGUACACGGGGCCCACCGACGCCUGGGAUGCAGAGUGA